UGGCAGGUCUCCUAUGGGGGCCGCGCGUUGUUGAGGAACGGAGCCGCCGAGCCGACGACGUCAACGACGGAGGGCUCGAGGGUGUGGUCUGGGUGUGCUCGAGGGCGAGGCAUCUUCGAUUGAAAAGCUAGCAAGAGAGCAAGCAGGCGAUCGAUGGCCCCGAUGCUGUUCCUGAGCUACCACCAGCUCCACCAGCUGGCGGCGGAGGUGACGCCGUGCAAGGAGGCGGCUGCGGGCGGCUUCCGGAUCAGCCUGAGCAGUGUUCUCUCAAUCCCGAUGUUUGAGCGGCGGCGGGAGGCUGCAGCACCGGCGGUGCGGGCGGAGGGGAAGACAGUGCACGAGCGCGACGCCAGCGAGGACAUCAAGUGGUCGUCGGCUAAUAAGGAGCUGGAAGAGAAGUUCGAGGAGGCGCUGCUGGUCUUCGUGAACGAUCGAAGCGGAGACGCGUGCAUGCCGCCGAGUCGAAGCGAGGGAUUGCGUGCGGAUUGCUUCGUUCUCCUUGUGUUCUCGAGCUAGUAAUAUGUAGAUAAAUUAAAAUUAAUAUGCUAGCUAGCUAACUACUACUCCUGCUUUGUUUUGAAUUCGAUCUGUGCAUAUCCUUCCUGUAAAAUAAUC